UCCAUCAAUCAAAAAGUGACAGAAGAUGGGUACUAUCGUCUCUCGGGUUCGUAUGUCAACGUCACUGCCAUAUUGUAUGUGGCAGAAAGGAGGAAACCCCGCGUCGUGUCAGGCUGACGCCCCGCAUUCCUCCCGCGAGGGUCAGCCACCGUCGCCGACUCAUCUUUUUGCUUCCCUUCACUGCCGCCCAACAACCUUCACCCCGGCUCCGAGGAAUCCGACCGCACCUCCUCCGCCCGGCAAGCAGCAGCCUCUCAUCGGCCGGUCUGCGGGGAAAGCAGGGGCGUAUAAAGGAAAUCUCAGGAUGGUGCCCACGCCCCUGCAGCAGCCCCAGUUCAGCCACUCCGAAAUGGAUAAUUGGGAUGACCAGCCUCCUUUAGUUCCACACUGUCCUAGAGCGCCUCAUGUGGAGGAAUCCAGUCUGUGGGACUUCUUCUAUGGAGACAGAGAUGAUCUGUUCCCCAGCUGGACCGUUCCUGCUGCGCACGUCACGGCCAAAGCCUGCGUGGGUGCGCACAUGCCUUCACCGGCCAGACCUAGGGCUCCUGCUGCGCACGCCACGGCCAAAGCCUGCGUGGGUUUGCACGUACCCUCAUCGACCUUCGCCUCUGCUGCUGUCUCCACCGCGGCCUCACCACCAGCAUCAGUCUCCGCAUCGCAGUCUGGCUUCCCCCGGCCCAGACGCCGGGCUCGCCGGCACAGAACCUCCCUUGAGGCCCAGCCAGACGCGUUUGUCUCCAAGUUCUCUGCUCCGCCGGCCGCAGAAGACAGCCCAGUCCCGCCGGCCGCUAAAGUAAGCGCAAUCCCACUGGCCGACGCUGAAGAUCCCCCUGCACACGCCACGGCCCAAGCCUGUGUGGGUGUGCACGUACCUGUACAGCCGGCCGAAGAAAGCUCUGUCCCGCCGGCCAUCCAAGGUCCUGCUCCACCCGCCACGGCCAAAGCCUGCAAGGGUGUGCACGUCCCGCCGCCGGCCUUCGCUGACAUCCCGCCGCCGCUGGCCUUCGCUGACGUCCCGCCGCCGCCGGCCUUCGCUGACGUCCCGCCGGCCUUCGCUGUUGUCCCGCCACAGUCCGAGGCCGCCGACGCUCUCAAGUCCCGGGAGGGGUUCCAGGGGGACCCGCCUCUCUUCCACGACGCUCCCGAGUUCUGCGAGGCGGUCCAGGAGGACCCGCCUCCCUUCCACGACGCUCCCGAGUUCUGCGAGGCGGUCCAGGAGGACCCGCCUUCCUUCCACGACGCUCCCGAGUUCUGCGAGGCGGUCCAGGAGGACCCGCCUCCCUUCCACGACGCUCCCGAGUUCUGCGAGGCGGUCCAGGGGGACCCGCCUCCAGUCUCCGCUCCCCAGUCCGGCGAGGCGGUCCAGGGGGACCCGCCUCCAGUCUCCGCUCCCCAGUCCGGCGAGGCGGUCCAGGGGGACCCGCCUCCCUUCCACGACGCUCCCGAGUUCUGCGAGGCGGUCCAGGGGGACCCGCCUCCAGUCUCCGCUCCCCAGUCCGGCGAGGCGGUCCAGGGGGACCCGCCUCCAGUCUCCGCUCCCCAGUCCGGCGAGGGUCCUGCUCUGGAACUCCACGUCUGGCAGACCGGGAUGAGGCUCCGUCACCAACCGCCUGAGACCCUGCUUCGCCGCCGCCGAGGUCGCCCUCCGCGACGCCCGCCGAGGACCCUGCUGCUUCGCCGCCGCCGAGGUCGCCCUCCGCAACGCCCGCCGAGGACCCUGCUGCUUCGCCGCCGCCGAGGUCGCCCUCCGCGACGCCCGCCGAGGACCCUGCUGCUUCGCCGCCGCCGAGGUCGCCCUCCGCGACGCCCGCCGAGGACCCUGCUGCUUCGCUGCCGCCGAGGUCGCCCUCCGCGACGCCCGCCGAGGACCCUGCUGCUCCCAAGCCACCGUUUUGAGCCACCUGAACUCUUUAUUGGACUCUAGCCCGCCGUCCUAGACCCCCUCCACCCGCCCUGGCCGGGUUGUUUUCCCUUUCUGAUUGGACACUAGUGGGCGUCUGGGAUCCGCCCUUAAGGGGGGGGUAAUGUCAGGAUCCUGUGUUGUGUUUCUGUUGAUUGGACUCACCUGUGUUUAAUUAUCCCCGUUGUGUGUGCACGUAUAUAAGUUGCCUCUGUUUGUUUCCCCAUCGUCGGGUCAUUCUGUGAUCACCCUCUGCGUCCUCCUGAGGUUUCCCCGUGCUGUUGCUGCCAGAGGUCUUGUAAGUUUAGUUUUCAUUAAAUAUCUUUUGUUUAACCCCAUGCGCCUGCCUCUGCCUCGUUGCCGCCUAGGUCCUCGCCUCCACAAUCCUGACAGUGU